GCGUUUUCGGCCUACCAGCUACGAUGGAAAAGUUGUAAAGUGGAUGUAAAAAUUGUAAAGUGUACCCUAAAGCGAAUUUAUCACAAAAAAAAGCAAAAAAUUCUCGAUGUAAAGUGUACAGUGAUCUCGUAGUGUUUGCUGUUGUUUCACGUUUUUCAUCCUCUUGACGUAGAAAAGCUCUUCUCUUACUGUUUGUGAGACCAUCAGAAAGGUCUCACAUUUUCCUCAUCGUUAACCACUUGUACUUGUGCUGUAGUGAUUGUUCAGCGACUGUAGGCACUCCAAUGCCCAUCUCUGUGGCCUCUGGAUCUCUCUCUCUCUCUCUGUAGUGUCUGUAGUGUCUUUGUUCGUGAAUUUAAAUGUUGCCCUAGUCUGUAGUAUCGUACCUAGUGUGUCUGUUUGUUAAACUUUCGCGCCGGAAGCGUUCGCUACAGAUCCGCGUGAAUUUUAAAAGCCGCAAAUCUUAAUGUCCUCCUCGUCACCUCAUCACAUCCAGCGCGCGAAUCGAGUGCUACUUCAUGUCUGCUGCAACACGCGACAGCAACACGACCUCACCCAUCAGCCAUUUGAUGAAAUAAAUUGUGAAAAUUGAGCGAAAUAUCAAUACCGAUAAAAGCUCAUAACACACAGCAUCGUCAGCAUCGUAAAAGCAUCUUUUCAUGGUGUUUCCGACAAGUGCGCCACCCAGAGGCAAUAGUGUUUAAUGUGCGGUGUGUCUGCGUCUGUUCGUGUGCGUGUUUCUGUGUGUGCAUUUACUGACCCACUGCUGAUCGGUGGCGAGUUGUUCGGGUCGGUAUGUUGUGUGAAUUUAUGGCCUGACCACACGGUAAUAUCCAUAGCAUACGCGAUUUUUUACGAGGAGUUUCAGUGUUCUGUAAAAAGAAGUGUGGCGCCCAUAAACGGUAACCACCAUUGGCUGGACCGCGCGGUUGCAGAUCUGUUGAAUGUUCCAAUUGAUCGUUAACUAGUCAUUACACAGCGUACACAGCGGUGUGUAUGGUGCGGAUGAGUACUGCAAUAAAAGCGAGAGCAUCCCAGAAGCUGCCCCCGGAACACCUAGCCGCAGCAGUGUCGUGUAAAGCUCACUUAUUUCGAUUGCAAUCGUCGUGCUGCUCGUGCCAAGAUUCGGCCUGAAGUUUUCCCGUUAAUCUCCAGUGACUCGCAAGUAAAGGAUUAGCUGCAAUUAGUCCACCCAAAAUGACAAACAUCACCCCGAAAAGGACGAACGAGCAUGUGUAGGAUUUGGAAGGAGAGACAUCCAUUGUGCUCGAAGUCUCGAACGUAAUUAAGCCUAGGAUUGUGUGCUGGAAGCCGGUACGGAAAGCGGAUUUUCUCGAUGAAAACACUGGCGCGAACGAGUGAAAUCCGUCUCGCCAUCACGGCGAAUCAACCAUUCUCGCUCUCUCUAGCGUUUCUUCUUUCAAACGUCCACAUUCCACUUCCUAACCGUGGCAGAACCAUCAUGGAGUUCCUUGUAGGAUUGCUGCUCCUUUCAUCGGUCAAUAUCCGCCACGCACACGCGCUACGCCGUGCCCUGGUCCUGCCGGAGACGGAAUACGAACGGAUCGCACUGGAGCAACAUUCGUCAGCCGCAGCGAACCACAACGCGCUGGAGUCAGCUGUCGGCUCGAUGGAUUCAGCUGCGCCCGCCAGCGAUUCUGCCGAUUUCCGCUGUGAGGAUGGGUACUUCCGGUGCAACAGUACACUCCAGUGCAUCGAACAGAGCAAGAACUGUAACGGAUUCCCGGACUGUGACGACGGGUCCGACGAGCUCGAGUGUGAGGAUGACGUGGGAAGGAACUAUUAUGAUCAUUACUUUCGCAAACGACCGGCCGCCAUCAACGAUCAGCUACCGUACACGCCUUGCGCCUGGAACGAUGCCAACAACACUUGCAAAUGCCGCGGAACGGAUGUGCUGUGCGAGAACAAGGGCCUUACCGCGCUGCCACCGUCGCUGUCGGCCGAGAACGUCACCUUGCUGGAUCUGACGGGAAAUGUGUUUCUCGAGCUGCAUAUGAAUAUAUUCCAGCGCUUCCAGAAGCUCAGCACACUGGUGCUGAGGCACUGUUCAAUCGAGCGGAUAGAACCGGCCACCGCUGCCAACAGUAUCGACGCGCUCCACCUGGACCAGAACGGGCUGACGAUGCUGCCGGAUGUGCUGUUCCCGGCCGGUACCGUGCUGCGGAUACUCGUGCUGAGUGGCAACCGUAUUAACCGAUUGAGUGCGAGCAAUUUUUUAAAUCUGGAUUUCCUCGAGGAACUCGAUUUAAAGGACAACCUGAUUGAUUCCCUAACGGAGGAUGUGCUGCUGCCACUCACCAACCUAAGGAUACUAUAUCUGAAUAACAAUCGACUCCGCCGAGUGCAGCAGGGCAUGAUACCGCAGCUCCUAACACUCCAGACACUCUCGCUGGCCAAGAACCAAAUAGACACCGUUGAAGCGCGCGCCCUGCAUCUACCAUCGCUGGAGCAUCUCUACCUGUCCGAGAACCAGCUUACC